CUCCUUUUUCUUUCAUUUCAAUUGUCAACUAUUAUCAACUUGUUCAUAUAUUUAGAUCGGCUUUUAUAAAUAUUAAAGGGUAUAAAAAUAUUUGAAAUAAAAAAUGUUAUCUGGAGAAGAAUUUCAAUCUCAUAAUCAGUUGGAUAUGGUUGAUUUUGAUAUGCUUAACAAGCAUAUGGGAGACUUCAAUACAUCUGCAUUGCAUAGGAAGCUGGUUAGCAAAGUGGAAGCUCUACGUAUUCUACGCAAAGAACUGGAGCAAUUUCGGACGGAACGUGAUCAGUUCAAAUUGAUGGCGGAAACCUUGCAACUAAGAUAUUCUGCUUUAACGCGCAACAACGAAUAUAGUAGCUGCAUUGGUAUGGAUGGUAAUAAAUCUAGUGUUGCGUCAAUAUUGCAUGAAACCCGCGAAAGAAAUAUAAAAUUAACCACGGAAGUAGAAACUCUAAAACAAAAAUUAAGCGAACUGCGCGGUGAUAUUGAAGUUCUUAGAUCAUCUAGCAAAGAAGGAAAAUAUGAAAAAUCCCAAAUGGACAUAACUGAUGUUGUUAAUAAUAAUGAAGUUCUUGAAUGGAAGAAAGAGCGAUCAAAUUUUAUCUGUCAUUUGGAAAACUUAAAAAAAAAGAAUUUGCAACUCGCCUUUGAUUUAAAGAAUUUGAUCGAUGAAAAAGAAGAUAUUAUAUCUGAACGAGAUGCUUACAAAUGUAAAGCACAUCGGUUAAACCACGCGUUGUUGAAUGCACUGAAAGCUAACACUGCACAUCCAAAGCUUCUUGACAUUGAUGGCAUAUUACUGGAAAAUAAGUACCUUCAUGAACGUUUAAAAAACUUUGAAUGCGAGCUGGAUAUAACCAAACAAUCGGUAACCAAAUACAAGACUAUGUUGGAAACGAAGCGUAAAAAGGGUAUAAUUAAACUAGGUUCUAGUGCAAAUGAUGAAAGUAUUUUGUCUCAUAAGCAAGUUAAAACAAUGCUUGACAAUGGUGUAGAGUUACCCACAAAAACGGAGACAAUCCAAGACUUGAAGUCUCUCUGCUUGGCGCUGCUGGAUAAUUUAAAUGAUAAACAUAUUGCUUUAAACCAUCAGAAAAAAACUAACAAAAUUCUCGCAGCAAAAAUUGCUGAAUUGGACCAACGCAUUCAGUGUUUAUCGGGUAUUGAAGCUACAACUGGUACAGCAUCAACUUGUAUCAGUGAAUACUCACCUACACAGUUAUUACUGCAGGACUACAGCGCUUCAUCUGUGGACUCCAGUGACAUAUUAGAAACAGACACAGGAGCAUCAAUUACAGCUAAACCGAAAUGUUCCAUUGUCCUAAAAUUAAACGAUUCUGAAACUCUGGCAACUGAAAAUGAAGACUCGAAAACGUCUCGCCUUGGAAUAUCAGAAGACUCUGUAGAUUCUCUAUCAACAGAGUCUGGCCGAAGUAUACUAUCUUCAGAAUAUGGUGGUUUCGCAGAGGCUUUAGGUGCGCGUGACCUCAACGAAUACUCUGAAGCGGUCAUAGAAGCAUACAAAACACCAUCGACUACCACAGACUCCGGAGACAAUUGUGACAAAAAAUACAACGCAAAUUCUCAGUCUCCACACAUAGACAGCGAUAUCGCUAGAGAAAGAUAUAACGAUUUAAAAGACUUACCUCCAGAGCUAGCAGCGUUGGUACAGCAAGCACUCCACGAACUAGAUUUGCGAGAUUUUGAUGAAAUAGUGAACACAAAUGUAGAUAAUUAUGAAAGAGCAGAGAAUGAUAAGGUAUUCCCAAAUAUUGCCAGUUCAUGUAAUGUUGGCAAAAGUGAAGAAAAAUCACAAACGAAAGUUUAAAAGGUUUUUUCUACUCUUAUUCAAUUUGCCAAAAAUUUGGCUUUGUAUUGCUAAAAUUAAUGUGCAAUACAAUAAUUAAACGUUAAUAAUUAUUAUUUUAGACAACAAUUAAUCUAGCUAUAAACAUGUUUGGUUAUUACUAUAUUUCAACCACUUUAUUCACAAGAACAAUUGUAAUAAAAAUAUGUAAAACAAUA